AUGUCUAUACGGAACAGAAGCGAUUUCUUUAGAAGAGGGAAAAGUGACAUGAUCUUGGAUACGGUCUUGCGAAUGGAAGCUUCCAUUGAAGAACUUAAGGGCAUGGUUGAUAUGGGUUCCGGCUCAAAUGUAAUGGGUGGCAUACAGGCCAAUUCAACGUCUCCUAGUUCGACGAUCACCCCGAGGUCUCAGGAUGCACGUCAUCAUCCAGGCAGGUGCAGAACCAGGGACCCCACUGAAAGUGCUGUGCUUUCGUCGGGCCAUCUUUCCUCGGCAGAGUCGCUGUUGAAAUGGACAGUGUUUCGUGACCAUCCUUCUAUACUGGAGGAGGCAAAGUCCUCGUUUUUGUCGCUCGAAUAUGGACGAUCGUCAUUUCAAAGCAAACUUUAUGGCAUAUUCCCUAGCGUGGGUUUGUCAGAUGUCAAAAAUAUGGUAGGCAUGUUCCAACGCACAUAUAACUUUUGGUUUCCUACAAUCAGCUUGGAAGAUCUGAAAUCCUUGCAACUAAGAAUAUGGCAAGAAAAUCUGGAGCCUAGUUGUCAAUCAUGUCUCGCGUUGUUGGUAAUGGCCUUGGGUUGCGUUGGGGCUUCCUUGACAGAGGAAGAGGACGGUUCCGAAGACAAGUCUCAACAACUGAAGCUCCAGGGGGCAUCAUGGUUUACUGCCGCAAUGAAAAUGCUUCACUUGGCUCACAUUGAGAUGAAUGUGGAGGCAUGCCAAUGCCUCCUGCUGACUGGUCUCUACUUCUCCUUUUUGCAAAGACCGCUGCAAACAUGGUCUUAUGUGAACAGUGCGGCAACUCGCUGUCGGUUCUUGCUCUCUUGCCCCUUCGAGAACCCCGAGCGUGAUGAUCGAGAACACAUCACCCGAAUAUUUUGGUCGUGCUUUGUACUAGAAAGCAACUAUAUCUCCGAGUUGCCAUCGCUUCCGCAAAACUGUAAUGCUGAAAUUGAAUCAAUAUUCUCUCUUCCGGGAAAAUUCCACUCACAUGAAGCUAUCGAAGAUGAAGAAAAGUCGACCUUCUACUUCCUUGCAUCGAUAGCACUCCGUCGUCUACUGAACCGAGCUCACUAUAUGCUAUACGACCGUGACAUUGGCCUUCAAAUUGAUUCGAACAACUUCUACUCUGUGAACCAAGAACUUGCUCGCCAACUGCAAGACUGGUAUCACACACUACCUCCAAGUCUACAAUUUUCUGAAGACGGAAAACCUGCAGAUGAUCCGCAUAGUGAGUAUUUGAGGCAGUGGUACCUUAGUUGUCGAAGUGUAAUCUAUCGACCUUAUCUGGAAUGGGCUCUCGCUAACCCAUCAUGGGAUCUCAACAACAACCUACGUGUGCUUGAUGGAUGUCGGGUUGCUCUCGACACAUGCCUGUUCAAAUUAAGGUACAUGAAGCAGGUGCCAUAUACUGUCAUGGUAGAUACAUGGCCAUGCUCGCUUUCACUCGAAACAGCGAUGUUGACACUCAUGGGCGGCUUCUGUCAUCCACAGCUAACAAUGCAGCUUCGUCAUAUUGCCUUGCUAGAGCUAGGGCCUCACCUGCAGCAGCUUUUACAACGAUGGAUGACGAUCCACGGAUCUUCUGUUUCUCCUGGUGUUGAGAAAGCGUUGAGAUUGAUCAUGAAAGCUCACCAGUUCUUUGAAAGCAAAAGUGCAGAAUUUGCUCCUUCCCAAGUGGAAGAACAGCAUCUUUCUCCUCGGUCCCUUCGAAUGUCUCUCAGAUAG